AUGGACUACCGCUAUAUCACACAUAAUCACCGACUCAUUGUGAAACCCCUCCCUCUACCAAUCGUUGGAAAACUCAGUGGCUUAAGCUGUCCUCUGUGCCCAUCAAAUGGAGGGGUUCAACUACGGUAUCAAAACCCGUUCCCCUUAAAGCCUGCAAAUAUUGCAUGGAAGCAUGUAACUGAAGAUAUGUAUCUUCUACAGUGUCAUCAAGCUCACAGACAUCCGGGAAAUGAAGGCUAUGUACGGACCCUUGUCCUCGAAAAACUCAUCCAGGAGAUUAGAGCAAAAAAUCGAGAAUUUCAACUCUGCUCCCUUCCCCGAAGUUUGGCUGCAAUUAUCUCUGUGCCAGACUACAACACAAGCACAAGCCAGAUUGCCUCUAGUACAUCAAAGCCGUGCCCAGGGCUCAACGGACAAUUUGGUCAAACCCACCGGUCAACUUCAAAUGCAAAAUGUACUUAUCAACUCUGCAUUUCGUGCUGUAAACUCGGGCAAAGUCAAGGUCAAUCUAUUUGUGUAGUCACUUCUCACCGGUAUCAACGUGUAGUUUCAUUGGAAGGAAUUUCAUCCAACAACCCAAUAUCAACGACUCGCCUUCUCCCUGCGCCUCCUUCUCUUCCUCCUCCAAGCCAACCCUCCCAAGUCCAGUCAGCUCAAGCAAACCGAGCUGUUACUGCCAAGCUGUCACAGUCGCAGUUGACUGAGUAUCACAGUAACUUGAAGGACGCCGAGCAGGCGGCUAAACGCAAGAAAUUGGCAGAAGAAGAACAGAUGCGAAGACUUACUAUUGAGUUCUGGCCUAAGGCUGGUGAUAGUAUCUUGAUCCGGACGUCGGCAAAGGACUGGCCAUUCUUUGCACUUGGACAGGGUGACCUGUUUUUGUUUGAGGGUCAUAACUCGGGUGUUGAUAAUUGGGAAUCAAUGGUGAUGGUUUGGAAUACAUCAUCAAAGCGAUGGGUCCGAAUUUCUUUACAUGAUGCUGAGAAAUAUCCUAAAGUACCUCGCAAGCUUCUCAUUCGGCUAAGUGUUGUAAAUGAAGAUGAAUGUACUGGGCUUGAAAAUGCGAAGGCAGAUGUGAAUACCGAGGGUCCGUACGAAUCGCUUUCAAUGCCAUUAACUUGGAAUGCAUUAUCAUCGCGGAACCAUACGCCUACUCGUCCAUUAUCUACUGGAAAUUCAACCAAUCACACACCAUCUGGCCCUACACAAUGGUCUCCUUUCCCUCGCAAAUCCGAAACUCCAAUCCGCCCAAAUCCAUCUCAACAACGCAGUUCCUCAAUCGAUUCAGAUGUUGUAUUCAUGGGUAGUAAAAACAAUCAAGAAGAAAGAAGGAAUGCAGAACCAAAGGCGCUGAAAACAUGGCCUGACAGUGGGGUGCUACUUUCACAAGCUUUGAAAUGGCAUUACAAUAUAUUUGAUAUUAAAAAUAUACGUAAGGCUUGGGAUUUAAAUUUUGGUGAGAUUUACAAAUAUGGACAGGCCACUGCCUACCGAGUCGACGACUGGAUUUUCAUUGUAGGUGCUGUGACGUUGACUGAGGUUGUCAAAGCCACACCUCUGAUCACACUGAAAGAAGCGCGCAAGACUUACGCUGAAGAAUGGAAGCAAGCUAGGGAGAGCAAGAGAAAGUAUUGUGGUGCAAAUGAGGGGGAGAAGCGAAAGCGAUGUGGGGAUUCAGGAUCAGCUGUCAGCAGAAAAAAAAUGCGACACAAUGAAACAUCAACAGACAGCUCUGAUGUAGAGGUGGUAUAUCAUUAG